AUGCUGCGGCAAUUAACUCGCAUCCACGUCGCUCGACUACCCAAGCGGCGAGCAAUCGCCAGCUAUACAGAGCAAUACCGACGCAGCCUCGACACCCCCGAGGAAUUUUGGGCUGAAGCUGCUCAAGAUUUAACAUGGUUCAAGCCAUGGACUCGAGUGAUUGAGUCCACGCAGGGGCCGUCCUCGAGAUGGUUUGUUGGAGGAGAGAUGAACACGUGCUAUAACGCACUGGAUGUACUCGUGAAUAAUGGGCGGGGCGACGUCGUAGCGGUGCACUACGACUGCCCACUUACAGAUACCAAGACAACAAGGACAUACAGUCAGCUCCUACAAGAAGUGUCGACUUUUGCUGGUGGACUGCAGAAGCUUGGUGUCAAGAAAGGUGACCGUGUGGUGAUCUACAUGCCGGCAGUUCUUGAGACGACAGUGGCAAUGCUGGCAUGCGCGCGACUCGGAGCUGUUCACUCGGUCGUGUUUGGCGGGUUUGCUACCUUGGAGCUUGCCGCCCGGAUUGAUGAUGCAACCCCCCAGAUUAUUAUCUCAGCGAGUUGUGGUGUGGAGCCCAAGGGGAUUGUCGACUAUGGACCGCUGCUCAAUGGCGCACUAAAUCGCUCGUCUUGGAAACCCAGUCAUGUCGUCAUGCUGCAGCGCGAUAUGUGCCCUUUCCAGAUGACGAGGGGACGUGAUAUUGACUGGAGAGACGUCAUGGCGACGGGAAGUCUUAUUGAUGCGAGGCCGGUGCUUGCGACGGAUCCGCUUUAUUUGUUGUAUACUUCAGGUACAACUGGUCGUCCAAAAGGCGUAGUGCGAGAUAAUGGUGGCCAUGCAGUAGCUCUCAAAUGGGCUAUGCGCAAUGUAUUCGACAUAACACCGGAUGAUACGUUCUUUGCCGCUUCGGAUAUGGGCUGGACGGUUGGCCACUCUCUCGCUGUAUACGGCCCUCUUAUCCACGGAUGCACGUCGAUUCUGUACGCAGGAAAGCCGGUCAGAACGCCUGAUGCGAGUGCAUAUUGGCGUUUAAUCACAGAAUACGGCAUCAAGUCGAUGUUUACGGCACCCACUGCACUGCGAGCAAUUCGCAAGGAAGACCCGGAUGGUUUGUUGAUUAGAUCAAUGAAAGAGGAGAUCCGAAAGACGUUGAAAACGAUAUUCGUGGCAGGAGAGCGUGGUGACCCUAAGACAUUCAACUUUUUCUCAAAGCAGCUUGGCAUACCUAUCAUUGACCACUGGUGGCAAACGGAAACCGGAUGGCCUAUCACUGCCCCGUGCCUGGGUAUGCAGGAUGAUGGCUCAAGCAAAGAUGGUCACCCACAUAUCAAAGAGGGCUCGGUUGCUCGGCCAGUGCCUGGGUGGGAUGUCCAGCUACUGACGGGUGCCCAUGUAAAAGACGACGAGUAUCACAGCUAUCGUGAUCAAAUCGGGGAUCAGGAUGCCGAGCUUGUGGUAAAAUUGCCUCUUCCUCCAGGUGCUUUAACUGCCUUGCACAACAACCCAGACGAUUUCUAUGCCAAGUAUUUUAAGCGAUUCCCAGGCUACUACCACACUGGAGAUACCGGGUGCAUUGAUGAAGACGGUUUUGUCUAUGUCAUGUCACGAACGGAUGAUGUGAUAAAUGUUGCAGGACAUCGUAUUACUACGGGAUCGAUCGAGAAAAUUAUCAUAGAAAUCCCGGAAGUCGUGGAGUGUGCAGUGUUUGGUGUCGUUGAUACGCUCAAAGGGCACGUCCCGCUUGCGCUUUUGGUGAUUGAUGAAAAGAUCGAUCGAUCCAAGGAAGAGAUCAUUAAGCAAGUAGUGCGCGAUACGCGUGAGCAGAUGGGAAGCUUUGUGUGCUUGAAGGAUGUUGGUCUAGUGGACGCGCUUCCAAAAACAAGGUCUGGAAAGGUCAUGCGCGCUACUAUGCAAGCAAUUGCUGACUCGGCUCCAUUCCGUGUACCAGCUACUAUCGACAAUAUUGCGGUGCUAGGUGACAUCCGCCUAGUGCUUCAAAGUCUUGGCUACGCUAAGACGGAUUCUGUCAUUACAGACUAG